AUGUCCAUGGGUGGCUGGGGCCGAUCGCUCUCGAACUUGGGGGGACGCUUUUCUUCGUCUCUGGGACGUCCCUGGACUUCUAAUGCACCUCCACAAGUUACCGACGACGACUUCUCCUACAUCACUGCCGAAGACCUAGAAUCACCAAAGCGCACCUAUGAUCCACAAGAUGCUCCUCGCCAGCGUCGUACUGAUGUGGGCCCCGAUAUUCUUGUGUUGAAACAUCGUGGCGUGGCCUACCCGAUGCAUUUCCCCGGAUACAGCAUCGAUGAUGGCACCCUGAACAAUGGUGCUCUUCGCGAGCGCGCUGCUCUUGAGUUGGCCAUUGACGAUCCACGACGCAUCAAGCUGCUCUACAAGGGAAGAAAUCUCAAGGAUGAUCACACACGAUGCGUCGAUGAAGGACUAAAACUGAAUUCGGAGAUUCUGGCGGUGGUCUCAGAUCCGCUGGAGCCGACCGUCGACGGCGAAUCGGAGAGUGGUGAUGAGGCGCCCGUUCAGGACGGCGAAAAUGGCUCCGCAGCAGGAAAACGUAAGCGCAUCCGGAAUAAGAAGAAGAAGGGCAAGAAGUCUGCUGGCGCUACGGGUGGUGCAUCUUCGACUACCACCGCGCCGGCGCCACCGGCCUCUUCGCAACCACCACCACAGCCUGCUGUACGCAAGCCAACCACGCCACUCGAAAAGCUCGAGGAUAUCUCGUCGGCACUGCAUGCCCAGUAUGUGCCCAUGUGUCAAGCAUUCAUUGCCAGUCCUCCUACCGAGCCGGCAAAGCUCGAGUUUGAGCACAAGCGUCUCAGUGAAACCCUCUUGGCCCAGGUCCUGUUGAAGCUGGAUGGCGUCGAGACGGAAGGAAAUCCUGAGCUGCGGCAGCGGCGCAAAGAUCUUGUCCGCGAGACGCAGGCCGUUCUCGCCAGCAUUGAUGAAGUCAUGCACUAG